UUUAAACACGUUUAUCUUGUAGUUUGCUGCGUUUUUAGUUUGUAUGCAUGUGUUGAUGCACGCCAUACGUCGAACUGGGCCGUCUUAGUGGACACUUCGCGAUUCUGGUUCAAUUACCGGCAUUUAUCAAAUGUACUAGCCUUGUACCGCCAUGUCAAGCGGUUAGGCAUACCAGACAGGUUUGUUGUGAUCAAUAAUCAAAUCCUCGUCCAGGUAAUCUUUCAGGCAUUAUGGAAACGGUGCAAUAUUUAUAACAAUCCUUACAAUCGUGUGAAUCUGUAUGGUGAAUCCAUCGAGAUCGACUAUCGCGGUAAUGAAGCUACAGUGGAAAACUUUAUCCGUGUAUUAACGGGUCGUUUGCCGCCUUCCACACCGUCAUCAAAACGGUUAGAUACGGAUGAGUACAGCAACAUUCUGAUCUAUAUGACAGGUCAUGGCGGUGAUGGAUUUCUGAAGUUCCAAGAUGACAGUGAACUUACCAAUAGUGAACUGGCGGAUGCAAUCGAGCAGAUGUGGCAGAAAAAACGGUACGUACGGGUUACUAAUCUCGUGUCAGUCAUAUCGCUUUGUUCACUUGCAUGUUUUUGGUUACGGCAAGUGAUAUGUGAUGUCUUUAGCAAUCAUGCCAUUUUUUAUCAUUUCACCUCUAAUCUCUUUCUCUAUUCGGUAAAAUGGCAUAAACUUUAG